CGUCUUGUUGUCGAGCACCUUAAGCUUGAUGCUUGUGCAGUAUGGCUGUCUUCGACGAUGUGCACUAUAUUCUUUCAUCUUCCAUACCGGCGGCACAGCGUAAGGAGCUUUCGGGCUUGCUGGACCUCAAUGGCGCAACGAGCGCACCACCACAUACCCACCUUAUUGCCCUUGCUGGAUCGCACACUCAACACGAACACGCGGGGUCUUUGCAUAUAGUAUCAGGAAUGUGGGUACAGCGGAGUAUAGUCCUUGGAAAACUUCAGCUCGAGCAGUACUAUUCACCUGAUCCAACAAUGAUUUUUUCGGGUAUCGUUGCGUGUGCCACCGAUCUCUCCCCAUCGGACCUCGAAGUUCUCUCAGCAGGGAUCACCUCGUUAGGAGGACAAUGGCGAACGGGCCUCACGCGGGAUGUAACGCAUCUCUUCGCAUUGCAUGAACAGAGUGACAAGUACCAAACUGCCAUGCAUUUUGCGCCACACACCCACAUGUCUGUCCUCACACCGCAUUGGUUCGAUGACUCAGGGCCUUACUUAUGGCCUGAUCCGAAGGACGAGGAUGAUCUAGAAAUUGGAGAAAGUGGGAAAAAAAAGAGAAAAAAGAGUAGUGAGACAAGACUGAGCAGCCCUAUGGCCAUGGAGGAAGCAGAACGCAGAGAAGGAGUCAAUGUGUGGGCAGGAAGGAGAUUGUUAUUAUCUCGCUCGUUAGAAUUGGGACAGGGACAUCGUGAAGCUGUGGAGGCGAAUAUACAGAGAGCGGGUGGAACUGUUGUCAAGGUCAAAGGUACCAGUACAGACGAGGAGGCACAAGAGAACGAGGAAGCAACACUUGUGGAUGAAUGUGAUGUUUUUGUCACGCGGUACCGCUCUGGGAAGGCAUAUUUCAAGGCAGCUCGUUCACCCCGUCCGAUUUUGAUCGGAAACUUGACUUGGAUGUUUCACGUUGAUGCAUCUGGCAUGUUGAAUGAUCCACAUGAGAGUUUGCUGUGGUACCCAGUUCCAAGAGGAGGUAUUCCUGGUCUCAACGAAUGCGAAAUCACCGUCACUAACUAUACUGGCGCCGCGCGAGAUUAUCUGAAGAAACUUAUCCAAGUCAUGGGCGCAAGGUUCACACCAAGUAUGAGCCAAAGCAACAAAGUUCUGGUUGCUGGCUAUUCUCCUUCGCCUAAAACACAGCGCGCAGUUGCAUGGUCGAUACCAAUAGUCAAUCAUACUUGGCUCGAGGAUUGUUUCAUUGCAUGGAAGAAUCUUACUGUCGGAGUUGACAAAUACAUUCUCUUUCCCCCCGGCGUCGAUUUUGGGAAGAUGCUUAUGACCCCAAUUGGUGGCACAAGGGGACCCGUUCCAGGUGGCCGGGGAGUCGGUCCCAUUGAUAUUGACUCGGAGGAGCAGAGGGAUGCAGAGUACCGUAGGGGAAUGGUCGAUGAAGUGGGGCCCAUCACCUCAUCCAGAGAGACUCCCAGAUCAAAUGCCAAAGCUAUGACUACAUCCAGCAAGUCGAAGCCAAAGAACAUCGAUGAUGGGGGUAGCUCGCCUUCGAAAACAUCCCAGCCUGUAGCGUCAAAGCCAAAGCGUAAUGCUCUCACUGCUUCCCAAGCUACAGAUAUGAGCACGAGAGACACUAGAAACGAUAAAGGGGACCUCAGCUUUGACGGUGCUGGCGACAUAGCGGCUAGCGUAGUCAUAGAUGUCGACGAUGAACAUGUUUCCCCUUCAAAGGCGCUGCGACAGCAGAGGUCGAAGCCAAAGCCGAAAUCCUCGGAGAAUAAGAAAUCGUCAUCACAGCAAGUAACUCUCGAAGAAGAGGAUGGUAUGACAAAUAUUGAUGAUGGUAACUCAAGACCUACGAAACCGCGAUCACGCAAACGUUCGAGGACCACACGAGAAAACACUGCAUCUGAUGAUGUUGUGGAAGUGUACGAAGGAGGAGUGACAGAUGGUGUAAAGAAUUCCAGGGAGGUCGACGAGGAGAGCUCUGCGGAUGUCGCAGUUCUCACUAAGGCUGAGAGCAAAGCCGGUGGAAAGUCUAACAAACUGCCCACAUCAAAGGAGAAGACUAAACCUCACAACGCUGGUCAUCUACCCCCUUCUCGCGAGCAUUCUAACUCCGAGUCUGCGUCAACCCGUGCAAGCAGGGUAGUCCCCGGGUCCUCGACGCCAGUACAGACAGGAAUGAAACCAAAGCCUAAGCCGAAGGAAACUCCUCAACGCGCCUCAUCCUUGUCUGAUGACGAUGAAAUUUUUGUGCGGCCUGUGAAGCAUCAGUCUGCUGCAUCCAGUGCCAAAGUAAGAACCAAAGAGCCGGAGAAAGAGCCGCCGACUACGUCCGCAAAAGCUGCCAAGGAGAAACAGAACGCUCGCGCUCGAUCUCCAAGUCUGUCUACUACCCGCUCACCCUCGCCUCCUGUAAAAAUCCUCAGGACGCCGAAACGUACAGUAUCCGUGCUCGUCCCAUCUCUACCGAAAGAUUACUUGUCUCCAAGCUCGCGCAAGGACACCUCCACGAACAAGGAAGGAAGGUCCGAACUUACUAGAACGAAUUCAAUUCAAGCAUCUGCUGCCGAGGCAUCAACAAGUGGAUCCAAGCGUGGACGCCCUUCUCUAUCGAAACCUUCAACCUCAACACCUCCUGUGAAGAACAAGUCGAAGUCCAAAGCGCGGAAUCAGUCAGAAUCAGAACACGAGGAUGAGGUUUCUGUGGUUCUGGAUACUUAUUCCUCACGCGGAUUACCAAAGCGCAGUGCUGCCAACAAAGCGACGAGCAGACUGAGAGAUGAAAUUAUGCCCGACGUCGUUAGUUUCGAGAAGGAGCGCAAGAACGCCAAGCGAAGGCAUAGCUCCGGUCUCAAUGACUCUUUCAUUUCCCUACGUGACAAAGAAGUCGAGGAGGAACGAGACAUGAAGAAGCGUAAAGUGGAGAAGGCUCGCGCAGAGGACACGGACAAUGAAGUAGAGGUUGGGGACAUCAUUUCUUCAUCUAGUCCUCAAACGAAGUCGAAGACGAAGACGGGUACGACUGAGGGCAAGGGCACGAAGCGAAGAGCGGAAGACGUGAUGAGUGUUGACGAAGACGAGCCGUCCAAGAAAAAGGGAGGCAAGGCGACUCAGAAUAAAAAGGGAUCGCGUGCCUCCGAUGUUGCCACCAAUCAGAUUUCUGGACCCUCUCGGGAAUCUGGAGCAGUGAGGGUGAUGACGACAGGUAUUCAGCUGACCGAUGACACUAUCAAGAGGUUGAAUAAAUUGGGGGCAAAGAUGACAACCAAACCCAACGACUGCACGCACCUUGUCGCAAAGGGAAUAGUCCGCACGGAGAAGUUCUUGUGCGCUAUCGCAAGCUCGCCGUUCGUGUUAACAGAAGGAUGGGUCAUUCGAGCGUGCGAACUGGCAAACUUUUGCGUGACGGAAACGGACUUUUUGAUAUCUGACCCCGAAUCGGAACGGAAAUGGAAUUUUAAGCUCACCACUUCUCUCGAGCGCGCUAAACGUGAAGACGGAGGGGAGGGCUUGCUGAAAGGGAUGACAUUUUAUGUGACCCCUAAAGUCGAGAUUGACUUGAAGUUGCUCAAAGCUGUCAUAGCCUCUGCCGGUGGCCAGGUUCAGACGUCCAAGCCGACAACUCGAAUACUCAAGGCGAACAGAAACCGUCACGUUAUCUCUUGUCCAGCAGACCAAUCGAUCUGGAGACCAUUGGUUGAGGAAGGAUAUACUAUAUAUUCCACGGAGCUCAUCCUUCUAGCCGUACUUACUCAGGAGAUACGGUGGAAGGAUGACAACUGCAUCAGUUCCAAGCCUUCUUUGUAAGGUCCAUGUACAGUGCACUCAUCUUCUCGUUUCCCAAGUGUUACAAACAGACUGGGGCCCCAGCUUGCAUAUCAACUUUAUCAUACACAGCUUCCGAAGAGACCGUCAGUUUAGCAAAGAAGACACUUACCUCCUUCAUGCUAAGUGAUAAAAGAUGGCAGCCCUGGCCCCUUAUACUAAAUGCAAUGAUCAACCAACCUUUGUACUACGGAUUAGAUUCUUUGUGAAGCUAAUGACAUGAGUCUCGGUAACCGUAUGGUGUCUGUGA